GUCUACAGGAAGUUUAUUCCAGGCGUGUAUAAAGACGCUUCCUGUGCUCCUCUUGAGAGAAACAUAUUUUGAAACAUUCAUGGCUUAAUGUUAUAUUAAGAUACACGAAGCAAAUAAACAGUAGCCCAAGAUGAACUACGUACCGGGGACGGCAAGCCUCAUUGACGACAUCGACAAGAAGCACCUGGUGCUGCUCCGAGAUGGCAGAACACUGAUCGGUUACCUCAGAAGCAUUGAUCAGUUUGCCAAUUUAGUUUUUCAUCAGACAGUUGAACGAAUCCACGUGGGGAAAAAAUUUGGUGACAUCCCCAGAGGAAUAUUCAUCGUGAGAGGAGAGAAUGUGGUCCUGCUGGGAGAGAUAGAUGUGGAUAAGCCCUGUGACACAGUCCUGCAGCAAGUCUCCAUCGAAGAGAUUCUGGAGGAGCAGCGGUUGCAGCAGCAAGCCAAACAGGAGACAGAGAAAGUCAAAAUGCAGGUCCUAAAGGACCGAGGCCUUUCCAUCCCCAAAGCUGACAACUUGGAUGAAUACUAACACCACCGUCAUUUCCCAUGAGCUUCCUUCUCAGUUUGUACAGGACUGAUAAGUUUUAUGGUGAAUUUGAGUUUGAGAGAGCACGGCAGCAUUUUUUUUUUUUUUUUUUUGGUUUUGUUUUGUUUUGUUUUUUGUUUUGGUUUUGUUUUUUCUACUAUGGGUACAUGGCUGCAUCAUACCAGGCCUGUUAACUGUAGUGUACUGUAUGAAUCUUGAUUUCAAUUAGUUGGAGAAAAAACGUGAUAGCUGCUCUAAGUUUUGCAGAUCAUGGUGGCAAAACAAAAAAAGAAAAAAAAAAAAAUCAUGUGUUUGUCUUAAGAUCACUAUGUUGGUAAUUUAGCAGUUACUUUACAGCAGCACUUUCUCUUCAUGACAUGUCAUUUUAUUUGGAGACAUGCUACUGGCAAAAAACUACUUACUGUGCUCCAUUAAAGAGUUUAGUUUUUCUUUAUGAAAGGCCUGCUUGCAGAAGAUUUUGUCCUCACAUUAUCUGACCAUGCUGCCCGUUCACUUUUACUUAGUUGUAUUAAAGCCUGAAAUAUUUAGGAA